AUGUCCCCUGCUCUAUUCGUGGGAAUCUUGCUACUGGGGGUGAGCAUGAGUGGGAAGGUGUUGUGUCCCUUCAGCAAGGGCAAUCAGGAGUUCGGAUACAUACAAGUUAGCGAGGAGAACAAGUAUUAUUAUGCGGCUCUCGAAGCUGAGAGUGAUCCGAAAACUGCUCCUACCUUUUUGUUCUUCCCCGGGGGUUUCGGCUCGAGCGGUGUGGCUUAUGCUCUUUCCCGUGGGCCCUGUAUUCUCCUACCAGGAUCCAACAAGCCUGGACUGAAUCUGUCCGAGGAGAACGUUUAUAUUGCAUCUGAUACUCGUUCUAGGUACUCGUGGAGUCGGAAGGCUAACAGUAUUUGGAUCGAUGCUCCCGGACCUACUGGCUUCAGCCUCGGUCCCAUUGAAAAAGACCUGGGAGCAUUCGUGGAGAACAU